GACACACUAAAUGUCUACUGAAAUGAUAAAUUUUACGGUUUAAAAUGGCACUGGGAAAAAUUCAAAAUUUUAAGUACUUACUAUUUGGAAAUGUUUUUAAUUCAAACUUAAGUGAAACCAAUGGGAAACAAAACAGAAAUUAUGCGGAUAUAUGUAAGAACAAAGAAAGUUCAAAACAUGGAGAAAAUUUAGCUGUGGUGCUUCACGGAAUAAAUGAUUUAAAAAUAGAAAAGAGACCCAUACCAAAAUUAAAACCUAAUCAGGUUUUGCUUCAAAUGGAGGUGGUUGGUAUUUGUGGAUCGGACGUACAUUUUUUCAGAGAAGGAAGAAUAGGUCCAUUUGUUGUUGAGAAGCCAAUGAUAAUCGGCCAUGAAGGUUCUGGAACUGUAGUAGAAUGUGGACCUGCGGUUAAAACAUUAAAAUCUGGUGACAGAGUAGCCAUAGAGCCUCAAAUCAGUUGCAGAAUGUGUGAUUAUUGCAAAACAGGAAAUUACCAUUUAUGUCAAGGCCUUUAUUUCUGUGCUGCACCUCCAGACGAUGGCAACUUGAGUAGGUAUUACGCCCACGAUUCCGAUUUUUGCUUCAAACUUCCAGAUAACCUGGACUUUGAACACGCUACUCUAAUGGAACCAUUAGCCGUAGGGGUACACGCUUGUAAACGCGGUGGAGUAACUAGUGGAGACUCGGUUUUAGUACUGGGAUCUGGCCCUAUAGGUUUAGUAUCCAUUUUAGCCGCUAGAGCCUACGGAGCAUCCAAAAUCGUCGUCACCGAUGUCGACGAUUUCAAGCUUAAAAAGGCGCACGAAGUUGGUGUAGACUGUACUUGUAACAUCAAGGGUCUUAAUGUAGACGAAGCUUUAGAGUGUAUAAAAAGUAUCCUACCUGAACAUCCACGCGUUACUAUAGAUUGUUGCGGGUUGGAAGAUGCAGUGAAAGUCGGUAUGAAGGCAACGAAAAGUGGAGGAAAAUUAGUUCUUGUUGGAAUGGGUACAGAUAAAAUGGCUUUACCGAUUACCGAAUGCAUUUUCAGAGAAGUUGAUUUAUUGGGUGUGUUCAGAUACGUUAAUGAUUAUCCUACUGCAAUUGAUAUGGUUAGUUCUGGAAAAAUAGAUCCGAAACCGCUUAUCACUCAUCAUUUUAAAUUUGAGGAUUCUGUUAAGGCUUUUGAAACAGCGAAAAACAAAACGGAAGAUUAUAUUAAGAUUAUGAUACACCCGAAUCCGAAAUGGAAACCAAAAUGAUAAUAAAUGUCGAACACUUUUUUGCUAUUGUGAUUUGUAAAUGUUUACCACGCAACAACGUGUUUAAUUAUAUUUGGUGACAAUUAAA